UUAAGGCUACACACGUAUCGCUCGUGACAAGAGACGUGCGGCAUUCAUGAGACAUCAUGAGUCCAAAAUGAACGCAUUCGUGGUAUAUUUGUUGCUGUGCGUUGCUCCAUUCUACAGCGAUGGAAAUCCAGUUUCUUCAAAUCAACAUCAAUGUGAAGAAAUCCAGAUCGGCCUGUGCAAAUCCCUGCCAUAUAAUCGCACUCGUUUGCCGAACAACUUUGAGCACGACACACAAUCCUCCGUGAACCGCACGUUGUGGGAUUUGGCGCAGCGGAUCAACGAAGUUGUUUGCUCAGAAGAUUUGCUCUUCUUUGUCUGCUCGCUGUAUCUUCCCAUAUGUGUUGAGGACCAGGAAAUCAAGAAAACCAUAAACCCUUGCCGCUCAGUUUGUGAAAAAGUGAGGAGUGACUGCAAAGCAGCUGUGGAAUCCAUUACUGGAGAGAAGUUUCCUUUCAAGGCUUUUCCUGAGUUUGAGUGCGAAAAGCUUGAGGUUUACGACAAGGGCAUCUGUCUGACUCCAAGAGCUUUCAUGCAUCCUACAAGUGAGUUCUAUUUACAUGCUUCACUUUCAAAUAACUAUCUGACCACUAUUCUAGCGAUAAAAGGCAGAAUUGCGUCCAUGAAUCAAACUUCCAGUGGUUAUGCUAUAUGGUUCAAUGUAUCUCGAGUCAUCUUUAAGAAUGGCUGCUCGUUUCGGUCACACGGGGCGCAGAUCUGGUCACAAGGUCAAUGUACUUCUGACAACGCAAGCACAUACACGUGCUUCGAGGUAGGCAAGGAAUAUGUCAUUCUUGGACAUAAACAUCCUUCAAAGGGAUUGAAAGUAGGAUGGGCCUUGACGCUACCACAAGACAAACAUCUCAUGGAUAAAUUAAAAACAUGGAAAGCUGAUCUGACCAGGAAGAACUCCAAGGAGUAAAG